AUGGAUUACGGCAAACAGCAGCAGCCGGUUGCGAACAGCAUACAAGUAGCGGGCGUGGACGCCGCCCACGCCAACGAAUACUUCGAGCUGUUCGUGAACGCCACAAGCAUGAAACACAUCUUGGGCUACUACCGGGGCCUGGUAGACAGCCUACAUUUGCGCCCCAACGUCUUCAAUCAAUUCUAUCCCAAGCUGAGGGCGAAUCUGACGUCGUGGAGGGCGAAGGCGCUGCUGAAGAAGUUCGACUCGCGGGCUGCGCACAAGUGCUAUCUGAAAGGGAAGGUGGCGGCGAACACGAGGGUGUUGGUGAUCGGGGGCGGGCCGUGCGGUAUGAGGACCGCCAUCGAAGCGCAACUAUUGGGAGCCAAAGUGGUCGUCGUGGAAAAGCGAGACAGAUUCUCGAGAAAUAACGUGCUGCAUUUAUGGCCUUUCGUCAUCGAAGAUUUAAGGAUGCUCGGUGCGAAAAAGUUUUUCGGGAAAUUCUGCGCCGGCGCCAUCGAUCACAUCAGCAUCAGGCAAUUGCAGUGCAUCCUGUUGAAGGUAGCUCUUUUGUUGGGCAUCGAAGUCCACACUGAACUCAGUUUCGAAAACCUCGUCGAACCAGAUCCAGAUAAAAAAAUAGGCUGGAGAGCGGCCUUCAAACCGUCUAAUCAUCCGGUUUCCCAGUACGAAUUCGACGUGGUAAUAGGAGCUGAUGGUAAACGUAACACACUGCAGGGCUUCUCGCGCAAAGAGUUCAGAGGUAAGCUCGCCAUCGCCAUUACUGCCAACUUCAUAAACAAAAAGACGGAAGCUGAAGCGUGCGUCGAAGAAAUUAGCGGCGUGGCGUUCAUAUUCAAUCAGAAGUUUUUUAAGGAUUUGCAGGAGGCUACCAAGAUAGAUUUAGAAAAUAUAGUAUAUUAUAAGGACGAUACUCAUUAUUUCGUUAUGACUGCCAAGAAACAUAGUUUAAUCCAGAAGGGAGUGAUAAAGCAAGAUUUUUCCGAUACGGAAAGACUGCUGGCGCCCGAGAACGUAGACAAGGAAGCUUUGCAGAAUUACGCCAUAGAAGCUGCGAAUUUCAGUACAAAUUAUCAAAUGCCGAAUCUCGAUUUCGCCGUCAAUCAUUACGGACAGCCAGACGUCGCCAUGUUUGAUUUCACUUCGAUGUAUGCCGCCGAAAAUGCCUCCAAAGUGGUCGAAAGGCAUGGUUGCCGGUUGUUGAAGAUUCUCGUCGGUGACAGUCUACUUGAGCCAUUUUGGCCGACGGGAUCGGGUUGCGCGAGAGGCUUUCUUUCGGCCUUGGACGCGGCUUGGGCGAUCAGAAGCUGGUCCAUGGGUACGGCAUCGCCUCUAGACACGAUCGCCGAAAGGGAAUCGAUAUACAGAUUGCUGGCGCAAACGACACCCGACAAUCUGAACAAGGAUUGGAAAUCGUACACGCUGGAUCCGGUUACUCGUUACCCCAAUCUAAACAGAGCCGUUGUUCUUCCUCACCAAGUCGUUUGCCUUUACGAUACCGAUAAUCCGGCGAGCAUAGAAAGGAUGAAGCGCAGUUACAAUGAGAAGCCAAACGAGAUACCAAAGAAGAGAAGAAGAGGAAAUGUCGAUAACGAAGUGUUGCUCAACUGGUUGAAAGAUCAGCUCAAAGACAAAGAGGAAAUCUGCAUAACUGACAUGGAUUCUGUGUUCAAGGACGGCAAAGUUUUAUGUGCAAUAAUACAUCACUAUAGGCCAGACCUUUUAGAUUAUAGUGCAAUUAAUAGUAAUGAUUCUGCUGUGAAUAAUCAAAUUGCGAUAGAUGUUCUCGAAAAGGAUCUUUGCGUUCCUCCUGUGAUGACCGGGUCAGAACUAACCAUAACGGAAGACUACUUAACACUGGCUACUUACCUUACAGAAAUAUACGACUGUUUUAGAGGUGAAAUACCUUUCAUCAAGCACGCCAAAAUGAAACAUCCCUCAAAAAAUCCCAAAAUCAUGCCCCUGAACCAAUGCAUUCGGUCGCAUGUUUCAUCCCAAUAUAUUAAAGAAAUACCUUGUAAAAAAUGUUUUGAUGCUUACCACUCUAAGCUGGUGUUUUACUCCAAUGAUAUGGAAAAGAAAUUAUUAGCUUUUAAUCAUAAAUGCCAGUCUGUAAUAAUUCCACAAGCAAAUAAUACUUUAAUGAAAGAAAACGAUGUAGAAAUUGUGUAUAAAAAAUCAUCUAAUAGGUUAAAAGGUAAAAAACCUUCCAAAAGGGCCGAAAAAAAGAAAUCAAUUUCCAAAAUACAAUCAAAUUAUCGACAGAAUGAAAAUAAAUGUAUAUACGACUCGCCCAAAUCAUCAAUACAAUCUUUUUUCGGAAAAAAAUCUGAUCAUACCAUCCCACAAACCCAAGAGGACAUCCAAAGAAGAUGCAUCGAAAAGAUCUACAGCAAACACCAAAAACUAAAAGUAUUUUUAACAAAAUUGUUGCUGAAAAGAAAAUCGUCCGAAAUUUUGAAACAAAAUUUCGCUACCGCAGGAACCCAAACUGAUAUUUUGAAAAAUUCAGAUCUUGAAACUUAUCGUGUUAAAAAUAAUAGCGUUCAAACUGAUAACGAAGUUUAUUUGAGAAAUCGCGGCAAUCAAACUGAUACUGUUGAAAUUAUCAACGAACAAACUGAUAUUAAUAAUUCGGAUGAUAAUGAUGAACGGGAUUUUUCCGAUCAAAUCGCUAAUCAAAGCUCAGAAAAUCGACAAAAGGAUAAACAUUUUGUUGAAGAACCAGUAUGUCAAGCACACGACAAUACUGCCACAAACCACUAUAGUCUCAGUAGCGUUGAACAAGAUUUUUGUAGCAAAAGCGUCAACGAAGCAGGAGAUUUUUGUCAAGAAAAACCCAAGAAGAUUAAGAAAUUCUCACCGACUAAUUCUAUAGAGAAGAUGAUAAAAAUACGAUUAUUGAACAGAAAUUUGAACAAAUUGACGCUACAGACGAUCGAGUAUGCUUGCUAUUUAGAUCAUUUAACUAUCUCAUCGAAAAUCGCUUUGAAAAACGUUUCAAAACGAGCGAGGAUGUCACAAAAAUCCUUCCGUACCGCUACAAAACUGUACAAUAAUUCCAAUUCGCCCAGUAUAGGGAUAUAUUCGAAUAUAUUUGAAAGUAGGGGUAGCCGUGUAUGUCCAUUUGACGUGCCGUCAAAUUGUGAUUAUCGUUUGGAUAGGAUCAAGAAUCGAGUCGUGUCCCAGACUCGGAAGAUGAUCGAAGGGGACGGGAUGUCCAAUCAAAUUUACAGUAGAGUGUCUAAUUGGAUCACUUCUAACGAUUUUAUGUCCCAGGAUAACGCGAAAUCGGAAACUGGGUCGUUGAUUUCUAACAGUAAAAUUACGGAUAUCACUUCAGUGUCAAAAAUGGAUCGUUACAACGACAUUGUGGUCGAAGAAAGAACGGACGUUGUGAAUUUUUCCGAUUCGAGACAAACGAAGUCUUCCGAAGAAGAUUUCGCAGAUAAAUUAAAAAACAUCCAAAACAAGACUGUUCGAAAUCUGUCGAAAUAUUCGCAGUACUCGCCGUUCCAAUACUGCGCGAAUUUGAGGUCCACUUCGGCGCCCCCCACGCAGUUUUCUGUGAUUGUCGAAGGAGAGGAACCAGAAUUGCCACCAGGUAGUACGAAAAUGAGUGAAGUCUCCUUUAAGACGAUAAAAACAGCGAGCAUGCAACAGCAAGAAAAAACACAACCGUCCGCGCCCUCUAGCAGGCAUAAACACAAACACUCUGAUAUAAUAUCGCAGAAACCAGGCAGCAUCGACAGGAAGCCAAGAAAAAGACGGACUAUGGAAAAAGUUGGAGCGAGCGUAGAUCACGAAAACAAACCUUACCAAUCAUCACGAGGCGGGAGCAGAGAUGAAGACAUUGCGGCCAAAAUCAAACAUUUAGAAAACAAAUGGCGUCAACCGCAGCCGGUCGACAAGAAACCCAAAGACUUGAUGAGGGCUAUCGGUAAGAUCGAAACGUCCGAUUGGAAUAUCAAAGAAAUAGAGAAAAAAAUUUUGGAGAAUAAAUUAGGAAAGCCUUCGAAAGCUGUUGAUAAGGAGAAAGUCCCUAAAUGGAGCAAAGAGGAAUUUUUAGCGAGGCAGACCAAGAUGGAAAAAAAACAUUUAGAUAGACAAGUCAGCACUGAUGUAAAAUUUGCGGACAUUGAUCGCAACAUAAAGAAUCUGGAUCAAAAAUUAAAAGAAGGUACUGUAAGGGAAUUGGGUACCAAUAAAGUGGCCUCGAUAACUGAGAAGCUGGUUAGUAAGAUACCACCGGAACCCAAGCCACCUGAGAAAACUAUUAGUCGACAACCCAAGGUACUACCGAAACAAGCUGCAUCAGAAUUUUGUCAUUUCUGCAAUAAACGUGUCUAUUUGAUGGAGAGGUUGUCGGCUGAGAGUAAAUUCUUCCACCACGCGUGUUUCAAAUGUCAAUACUGUCACAUUCAGUUGCGUUUGGGAUCGUACGCGUUCGAUCGCGACGGGCUAUACGGUUACCGAUUCUUUUGCCUACAACACUUCGGAAUGGCCGGAGAAAUACCAAUUGCCAAAGUGAUAAGGAAGCCGUCAGUUAAGCGACAAUCUGAGAACAGGAGAAGUCCAGAAAAAAGAGCUAUGGCCGGCGUCACUCGUGUUGAUUCACUAGAGAAAGUGCAAACGCCGGAACGAAUCGAAUUUUCCAAUUUGUCUACCGGUAACAUUUCCUCCGAUCAAGAAGAUUCGAUCAACCAAAUGGACGAAGACGAGUGGACGGACAAAAACUUUGGAGGUUCUUGCGCGGAAUUCGACGAUACAGACGAGGAUUCCUCCAGUUUAAGUGAGAGCGAUAGCGACGAUGAAGAAGCGUACGGUGAUGCUUUAGAAGAGCCUGCGACCAAAGAAGGUACUCUAAAAUGGGCGGAACGAUGGAAAAACAGUUAUUCGCAAAGAAGAAACUCCGAUUCUGCUGAGUACGCCAGCAGCAGUAGCGAUCAGUCUAGUUAUUAUGACAGUUCAGAUGAUGACGAAUCGGACACGGCGACAGAGGGCGAAGAAGAAAUCAGAGCCCGCGAAUUGAGAAAACAAGAAGUUUGCGUGGAACCACCGAUCGUUCACACAGACACAGGCACCGACACAGAGGUUGUUUCCGACGAGACCAGCUCCGAAUCAUCGAACGCAGUCCACAAUUCAGCCACAGAAAUAUCGACCGAUUCGGAAUUCGCCCAAGAUGAUCCCACGCCCACCAGAGAACUCCCAUCGUUAUUCCUGAACGAUUUCAACGUCACCAAGAUCCGAGGAACAGGAGGCAGCCACGCCCCUAAGAGAAUCCAGGUGACCAGUCGAUACCUACAAAAACCCUCAGAUGGCAAAAGCAAAAAAUCCAAUAUCGAAUUAAAACUAACACCACUGGUUCCUUCUUCUGCACAAGUUAAAAAACCCGCACCCAUUGCUCUUUCACGACCCGAGGGUUACGUUUUGAACCGCACUCAAAGCACUGGUGGGAUUGCAGCAAAGGUAUCACUUGAACUCAAAAAGAAAUAUCUAUUAGGCGAACCUAGUCCCGGUAGCAUCCAGAAAUCUGGAAGCGCUUCCACUUUGGACACUAAAUUUAAAAGUUUUCAUACCAACAUUUCAGACUGCCAAAAGAUGUUGAAACCUUCAACCGAAAUCAGCGCGAGCAUGCAGACUUUCUGCAAAAAAAUGAACGAGUUGAAAUCACCAGUGUCUCCACCUACUCUUAUUUUAACUAAAGAAAUCGAUGAAACGGCCUCAAAAGACGCUGUAGAACAUAAAGGUGACCCUUCAAACGAACCGGAGGUUGCAGACGAUUCGGAUAGUCGUCCUCGUAGCCCGCUUCAUGAAACCUUUAUAAUUGUCCCUAAAAUUGAUUGGAGCAAGCGGAACGACAGCCUAACCUCUGACAGUCUAGCAUCAUCUGACAGCGAUGUUGAAAAACCUUUCGAAAAUAUACCAACCAUACAGAUAUAUACCGCACCGGAAAGCGAGCAACAUAAAGAAGAAUUCAUAGCCGAUUCUUUGCAGUACUUUGAAGAAGAUCAGCCAAAAAAUCCGUCCAUCGAAUCACCCAAAUCCAUUACCAGCGAAAAAAAAACUUUGAACCAGCCGAAAACUUUACCCAAUUUAGAAAACUUGCUGCCAGAAAUCCACAAUUCCUUGCACAUUAAAUACAAAGAUUUAGAUGUAACCAAAGACACAUCGGAACCAGUGAAGAAUAAUUCCAGCUCCCUGAGCUCGCCAGAAUCGAUAGCAGAACAAGUUAAGACAGCUUUAACAGAAUCGGAACUAUCUGAUUGGGCUAGAGAUGAAAUGGUAUCCGACGAUUUCGAAGAUGGUGAAUUCGAAAUCAGUUUCAAACCAUCGGACAAGUGUGAAAAGAAGAUUCUUACUAAGGAAGAUAAGGUUAUCUUAACCGAAGGUAUGCACAGCAUUUUGAGCUUCAAUUUGGAUAAUAUCGAGUUCAUGGAUACCGGUACGGAGACAAGUAGCGAUGAUGGCAUCGUUAACAGCCAAAAUGGUUAUGUUUUGUUUAAAAACGAUGACGAAUUUGCUACGGACAGUCUAAAUCCACAUAUUGACGAUGUAAUAGAAGCUAAGAACGUUGUAGAUUUCAAAACUGUUACUGAAGAGCAGGAUAAAACCAAACUUGUUGUCACCACCAACACAGAACCCGACGACGAUAGCGUUGUUAUAAUCGAAUCAGGUACUACGACAGAAGAUAACACUUUCACAGAUUCCACUGUGAAAAAUGUAGAAGAUUUCAGUAAAGAUACGUUGAUUUUAACUGAAAAUAACAAUGUUAACGAGCAUAAGAAUAAAAAUACUGAUACAGAUACCACAAUUGUAGAAGACGUCGUUGAAAAAGAUAAUAAUUUAGAAUACGAAGAGCACUGCCAAAGAUUGACGUCUAAGAUCGAGUUCUCGAACGCAAGAGACUCUAUCAACGUGCGUAAAGCCAAAUCGAGAAGGAAAAGCAAACCGGACGUUCUUCAAAAACCUGAUUUGAUAACUGAAGAAAUACCCAGUCCGAUUUCAUCACCCAAAAUUCUUCCUGUUAAGUUCAAUUCACCUGAUAUCAUUUACAAUAAAGACGUGAUCAAAAAGGAGAGAGAUACCAACCAGAAACUUAUACAGGAAAUGGUGAUGAACAAAAUGAAGGCAGAGAAUAAAUCUUUGGAGAGACGGAAGAGGAAUAAACAAAAUUUCGAAAUAAACAAAUCCGCUUCGAGCAUAGUUGUAGGCACUUCGUACAAUGGCAAACAGUGUACCAGCAGAAAAUCUUUAUAUCAAGGUAAUUCGAAGCCAGAUGUACUGCUGAUGACAAACUUAAAAUCAACUAAUGCGGAUUUUAUAAAAAAUGAAGCAGCAAAUUCGAGUAGACCACAGCAGCAUUUGGAGGCUUCGAAAGAGAAGACCAAAACGCCUGAAGAAAUGAACAGGAAGCUAGAAAAGUUGAAGCAAACUAUACGGAUGAGGAAGCAAGAAAACGAACAAAUGUUACUCAAUAAAGAUCAAAGGAACGCCAAUUUUUCCAGUAAUUCUAUUAAAAAAAUAGAUCGACCUGUAAGGAGAUGCACCAGUGGCGAUUAUGAUACUGCUGAGCAGGAUUCUUUAAAGAAAAAAGCCAAAUCAAUUUCUUAUUUUCCCGAUAAACUGACAUCUGGACAACCUAUUAGCAUCGAUCAAAACAAGAACAAGAUGUACAAGUCCGAUCCGAAUAUAUUGGGAUUGGACGAGGAUAAAAGUAAGAGGAAGAGUCAGGAGAAAAAGGGUUUGACGAAAUUCUUUUCUGGAUUUUUCACAAAAAAGAGUCCUUCUGGAGGUUCGAAAGGGUUGUUCUCCAAGUUGUCACCGAAAUCGAAGGAGAUUUCAAAGUCGUGUACUAAUCUGGAGUACGAAAAAGAACCCGUCAUUAUCUAUCAAAGGAAAAGUAUCUCUGAAGAUUUUAUAGAUAGAAACGUUACGCCGCCUCCAGUACCGCCGUUGCCGAUUAAUUAUAGCAAAAAAACAGAUGACAGUUCAGAUGCCGAAGAGGAUACGAAAAAAAAACUGAACGACAGUUCCUGCGACACUCUCGAUUGUACUGGCACGUCAGUCAGUAGUACCGCCUGUAGAAGGUCGAGUAAAAGUCUGAGGGCGAUAAGGCAAGCCCAAGUUAAGAGACACCGCAUGGCUCAAGAAAUACAACGAAAACUAGAAGAGACCGAAGUGAAGAUGAAGGAGCUCGAAGAGAGGGGAGUGAAAGUGGAGAAGGCUCUGCGCGGGGAAGGAAGCGGCGAUUCGUCCAAGGACGAACCGGAAUUGUUGCAGGAGUGGUUCGAUUUAAUGAGAGAUCGUACCGAACUUAGACGAUACGAAAGAGAAUUGACCGUGAGAGGUCAAGAACUGGAAUUGGAGGACCGGCACGCCAGGUUGCAACACGAGCUUAGGGAAAGAAUAGAGAAUGAUAAACCAAAAACUGUAGAAGACGUGGAUAUAGAAAAAAGUAUAAUUAAUGAAAUGAUUCAAAUCGUUGAAAAACGUGAUUCCCUCAUAACCGAAAUCGAAGAAGAUAAAAUACGAUACUCUCAUGAAGACAAAGACUUAGAAGAACAAAUGCUUGCUAAGGGAUUGAUUUUAACACCAGUUAAAAAAUCGCCGGUGCAUUAG